GGCGCCCAGCUUCGUUUUUCACACAGUGGGACGGUGGGACUGUCUGGGUUGCCAAUGGAGCCAUGCUCACCGGGCUCGCCAGUGACACCCCUGCGAAGCUUCAGAACAGGGAAGAGCUAUUUAGCUGAGAUGUGCAGUGCAAGAAUACUUGUACUAUGCCUCUUCUCAGCAUGUUGCAGUAUGGCAGUUGGCUAUCGUGCGGACAAUGAUCCAGAGUGGCGAAGGCUCUUCGAGGUCUGUGAAGUUGGAAGGUAUGGUCACAAGCGAUGUCACUCAAACCCUUGGCAAGCUUUGCUGGUGGGGAAUGUGCUUCUUCUUGCCACAGCCAUGAUGAUCAACGGCUAUCGAAGCCAUUAUGUCUUCUUAGGAGCUGUGACGUUCUUGGGCAGUACUGGGGUAAUCUCGACCGAACAAGCGCUGGCUGGUUUCUCCAGCCCCGGCAACAUCGCAUUUCAAGCUGUGCUUCUUCUGGUGGCAGGAAUUCAGGAUUCUGGUGUGCUGGAUCACAUCUUUUCCCGAUUGCUUGGAACAGAAGAAAAAGAUACCAAGGCUUUUCUGCGGGUGCAGCUGGUGACAGCUUUGUUAGGGGCAGUUGUCCAACAAACCACUGUUGUUGUUGCAGCCGCUCCAGCGUUGCAACGUUGGGCCCCGAGAGCCGGAUGGUCACCUCGCGAAGUGUUACUUCCUGUUUCGACAGUGGGUGCCGUGAGCCAAAACUUGAUGAUCGUAACUUCCACCGUAGCCCUGACCAUUUACCAAACAAUGCCAGAAGCAGAGCUGCAAAUGCUGGAUCCUGCGCUUGCGUGCAUUGCCCUGACACUGCUCACAAUUAUCUAUUGCAUUUUUCUUGCCAAACCACUCCUCAGCUCUGUUGGGAAAGAGACCCAUCUUGACAACAGAGAGCAUAUGAGGCAUCAACUCCACAACCGCUACUAUUUGUCCUUCCAGGUUGCGAAAGGAUCGUUUUUGAUCGACUCAACGGUCGCACAAGCUGGUUUACUUUCUAUGCCUGGCGCAGUCCUGGUCGACACAGACUUUCCCAUUGAUCAGCGAAUGAAAGCUGGCAACCUUUUGAACUUUGCAGCGACUGCAUCUGGGGUCGCGCAAAUCCGAAACAGAAGCCCAGGCCUUGUCCUGCAGGGCCUUGACCCCUUGGCAGUGCUAGGAGCCCAAAGGCACAGGCGCCGGCUGUUCGAGGUUGGAAUAGCUCCAGGGUCAUCGCUUAUUGGUUGCAAGCUGCCAAUCAUCUUCAACCAGGCCACAUGUCUUGCGGCUCGGCGACCGCAGCCUCACAACAUGGCAAGCCCUCCAAGCAGACGGCCUCGUCGAAGACAUUCGCAAGGCAGAGUGGAAUUCUUUUGGGAUGCCAAUGCCAACGAUGAUAUCAUCACCAUAGAAUUGGGAGAGUUCAGAGAAGCACUGAAUGUUGGAGACAUCCUGCUAGUGGAAGCUUUCCUUGAGUUUCCCGACCUGCCGGAGGUGGAAACAGACUUCAGCUUCGUCGCUUUGGUGCCUGAGUCUGCGCCUCCAAGACAUGGAAGGACCGUGGAUCAACGAAGAGGUUGGCUGGCCCUGCUUCUCCUUGGCAGUGUCAUCCUCUUUUCGCUGAUGGAAUUUGGAGACCUUGUUUUUCUCGGCCUAGCCGCCGUAACUUGCUGCGUUGUCUUCAAUGUCGUCCACCGAGAAUUGGUUUUGCAACGAUUAAACCUGCCCAUCUUUUUGACCAUUGCGGGUGGUCUUGGAGUUGGUCAGGCUAUCAAGGCAAGUGGUUUGGCGAAUGCCUGGGCCAAGAUGGUGGUAGCUGCUGGGCACCAUGUGGCAAUGGGCCACCCUAUCGGAGUCCUGAUGGCAUUGUCCUUCAUUACCUCGCUCCUCUCCAAUCUGAUGUCUCAUACAGCGACUGCAGCUCUGAUGGCCCCCAUUGCCAUGAAGGUCUGCGCAGCAGAGUCCAUGAAACUAAAGACCGCAGCAAUAGUGUUGAUGCUCUCUGCCAAUGCGUCCUUUGCAACCCCUUUUGCCACAUCAGCGAACAUCAUGAUCAAAGGCAUGGGCCCAUACGAAUUCCAUGACUACUUCAAAUUUGGUGCUCCAUUGCAGCUACUCUUCUUGUUUGCUAUUCCUGCGCUUUGCGCACUUCAAUUUGGCGUCACUGCUCCGUUUGAAGUUUGAGCACGCCCUAAUCCUUCCGUAGACAGCUGCAAGGCUGUAGGUCCACCUUGCGACUGGCAGGUAGCGGCGGUGAAUCACCACUGCAUGCUGCUUGCUGAUUCAUAGCCAACAGUAGAUGAAUGAAAAA